AUGUCACCAAAGCCGAGGAAAGAGCCCCAAGAGCCGUCAGGUCAACUUGUGUUCGUGGGAGGCCCGACGCUGCCAGAGUCCGGUGAAUUGCGGUCCAUAGCGAUACGCCGUGCCCUCGAGGAAAGACGCACAGAGAGGCGGCAACACGCGGAGGACCGGCUAGAUUUGAUGCUGAAGUCCAAGCAAUUAGGGCAAGAGGAUCAAGCUGGAACGGCCGGGGACAGAUGUUCUUGCUUAUGCUCGUCCCCGGUGGAGCAGGGCGCUCGGACGUCGUGGCUAGACUCAGAGCCAGCAACCCUAAGACGUCGUAUGAUCAUGCCGAAGGAUUGGACUGCGGAUUGCUGUCCAACCUGCGGGGGAAGGGCUAGGCCUGUGGCUGGUUCUAGAGCACCCAGCCCACAGUCACCGUGGGCAGGGCGCUCCAACCCGCUGCUGCCUGUAAAUGCAUUGGUGGACAGGCUCAAGGUCCACGAACUGCUCGAUUUCGCGGCCACGACGAUAUGGCCGCACUUCCGGGGCCUGGACCACCCGGCUAACUGUUACCAGGGGUGGGUCUUUCCGAUGGAGAAUCAGCUGCAGCUAUACGCCAUCCUCUGGGGAGCUUCAUAUCACCGGGAUAUCCUGCGCAUCACGCACGGUGCAGCUAGUGGAGAAUCCAGGGAGCAGCUGGAGCUCAAGGCACUAACCCUGCAGUCCCUGAAGCGCGAGAUUGCGAAUGUGGAUAGGCUUAAGUCUCCAGAUGGGCUGGUGAUGUGCAUCCUAUGGCUGGCAGCAAACGACAAGCACAAGAAGAUCACCCGCGAUCUGAAUCCUUUCUCGCCUCCGUUCAAGAACCUGCAGGCUCUAGACUUCUGCGGCGCCCAGGAAUACCACCCGCUGCAUUGGAACAUGGUGCACAAUAUCCUCCGCCGCUUUGGCGGGAUCGAGAGCAUCAAGACCUAUGCACUCGCCUGGCUGGUCAGCCUCGCAUCGCUUAUCGUCGCGGUCCAGUCUCUAUCCAAACCAGUCUACCCAGUCAUGGGUGCGCACGGUCAACGACUGGAUCUGGAUCUGCAGCCACCGAGCCUGCUAUUCCAGCCACAUGGCUAUCACGAAGGCCCUGAUCCUGCGGGCUCCGGAUUCCACGAGCUCUUCUAUCUAUGGCCGCCGAUCAAACACGACCUCAUCGACGUAUUCAUCGAAUUAGGGCAAUACGCCGCGGUCCUACAGCACUUGCAUGGCAAUCCAUGCAGUCCCGCGAUCCUGGACUUACUAGGCGACAGCCGCAAUCUCAUCCACCACCGCCUCCUCUCCCUCCCUGACGAGCAUGACCCCGUUGACAUGAUCCUAGAACACGACCAGACCCCGAGAACGGAGGCUAACUGCAGGUGGAAGCUCUCCCUCGACAUCUACCAUGCCGCUCGUCUCUCUGCGAUCCUCUACGCGGUGCACGUCACAUUCCCCCUCCCAUACUCCAAAGCGCCCCGAGAUAUCCUGCUCUAUUGUCUUCGCCCCCGUCUCCACAACCUGCACACGCAGAAUCUCACGUCGCCGCUCCUCAUCUGGUGCUUGGCUGUAGUGCUGACCUGCUCGAUGGUGGACGAAUUCGAGGGCUCUGCCCCUGCGUCUCCUGAGUCCGAUGCUGACUCUGUUGCUGACGGACCCGGGAUGGUAACAUACAUGGCUUGUCUAUGCCGAGACCUUGGGGUGAAUGAUCGCCAGGGACUCGAAGAGCUCGUGAGAACUUUUGUAUGGGCUGAUGCGGCCGCGACGGAAGAGUGCUGGGCCCGGACGUGGAGCAUGAUUCGGGCUCUGUUAUGA